UUCCUUGGUUAUUACAUUGCCUGCUCCAAUAAUCACAUUUUCCUUGUGCCGGUUGGGCCAAGUGCAGCAGAGAGGAAAUGUGGAAUGGCUGAGGUCAAACACCAGCCUGGGAACAGCUGGGGCCACCAGCCACAGCCUCUCUGUGCCACUUGGGUCCUUGCUAUUUUGGGUACCCAGCCCAAAAGGAAGUUACCAAGACCAGAGAUGCAGCAACAAGCUCCUUCAACAACAGCCCAAGGGCUCCCAUCACUCCCUCCCAUGAGCCGGGGACACAGGCACCGGCGGUGAACUGCGCAAGGAAUUACAGGAAUGAAAAUGUUUGUGCAGGCAGAAGCCAAGCUGGCUGUGAGCGGGGAUGUGAGCGGGAGCUGCGAGCGUGGGCGCGGCUGCAUUUAUAGUGACGGUGGUGGUGGGGGUGUGCACGGGCAGGGCUGGGCACGGGCAGGGGGGGCAACCCUGUCCUUCCUUUUAUUCCUUAUACACCCUUGAGCCCAGAAAGCCUGGAGCACUAGGGCCAGCUCUUGACCCUGGGAGUUCCCCUGCUCGUUAGCAUUCACAGACAGCACUCUGUUUGGUAGCAGGGAAACCGAAACUUGAAAGUGUGCAAACAGCGGCUGAUCUCACACCAGCUCCCUUUCCCCCUCCAUAAUUCCCUUCAGCAGUUCUGAGCACAGUGUAUGAGCUCCCCAUUCCUGGCUGCCCUGCAUCCCAGGAGAGGGAUCUGAGGUUCCAGCACAGCAAGUGCUGGUGUGUAACAUCCAUCCAUGGUGACUAAAUCAACGUGUGCUGGUAAAGCAGAGCACAAGGGAACGACCAACCAUCCAGCACAACCAAGCAGUGUGAGCUGGGACAGGCAGAAGGGCUCAGACAGCCCUGCCUGGUCCAAGCCUCCUCUCUUUUUCUCCCCAGCUGACAUGGAGCAGGCCCAGCGGAACCUGGAUGCAGAGCAAACGCAGCAGCAGCAGCAGAUGAAGCUACGGGACCGGCAGAAGUUCUUUGAGGAGGUUUUCCAGCAUGAUGUGGAUUUCUUCUUCCCAAUGUCUCACCUGCAGAUAGAGCAUCGGAGACCCCCCUUAGGCAGCAUUUCCUCCAUGGAGGUGAAUGUGGACAUGCUGGAACAGAUGGACGUGCUGGACCUGUCAGACCAGGACACUGUGGAUGUGUUUCUGGGCUGUGGGACAGAGGAGAGCAGCAUUGCUGGGUCUCUGCCAGGGGCAGAUGGCAGCCAGUGCCCAGAGGAGAUCACCCUGCAAGUGCCCAACGCGGCUGAGAGCAAAUCUCGCAUUUCCUCCACGUCUUCUGCCUCCACGGACCUGAACAGCCUGGACACCAGCGAGGAGGGGGCCGAGACCCCCGUGGUGCAGUCAGAUGAGGAGGACCUGCAGGAGGACAGUCCCAAAGAGCAGGUGGUGAGAAGCUAGCAGCCAGCGUUGCCCUGCUCCCAGCCUCCUCUGAACGGACUUGCCAGCCCAGAAGAAGGAAAGCUGCUGGUGCUCAAUAAACCCCAUCCUGGACUGCUGCCCUGCCAGAGGGGAGAGAUGGUUUUGCCCUCCUCUCCCUCCGCGUGCUCUCCUGGCAGCCAAAGGAGAAGGAAAGGGGUAUUGUAAGCUCCCAAAAUUAACUCUUCAGGCUUUGCUGCUAACACUUCCUGCUUCACCCCCCUCCCCAAAAUGCUCAGCAUCCCACAGCCCCACCAUUCCCAGAAAGCCAUCCCUUAGGAUCCCAGUUCCCCCUGCCCUACUGACAAAGGUUCUGUCCAGACAAGCACUUAACGACAGCACAGAGAAAUAACACUGAUCUAACCAA